UAAGGGGUUUGGGCGCUAACCACAUAGCAACUCAUCUUAUGCGGGGUGCGGCUGGAGGAGUAUCUGGUACAACACAACUGGGAACAUGAAGUACUCGGUGGCCGCAACAGCGCAAUGGUUCUUCGAAGGGUCCCGGAAGUACGGCGCCAAGGGCUUCGCCAACGCCUGCGCCUCCUUCUCGCCCGGCGACCUGGACGUGAACAUGCGGAGCAAGGUCGCUUGCGUGACGGGCGCAAACUCCGGCAUCGGCUACUGCGCAGCCAAGUCCCUCGCCGAGCGAAACUGCACCGUGCACAUGCUCUGCCGGAACAAGACCAGGGGGGAGGAGGCCAGAGCACGCCUCUCCGCGGAAACGGGAAAUGAAGACGUUUAUCUCCAUGUCGUCGACGUUUCGGACUUUCAGCAGGUGGAGACCUUCGCCAGCUCCUUUCUGGAGUCCAACAGCCGUCUUGACGUGUUGAUCAACAACGCCGGAGGAAUGCCCGCAGAGAGGACGGAAUCGGCGCAGAAGCACGAGGCCAUCAUGGCGACGAUGCUGGGCGGUACCUACCUCCUGACGAAGCUCUUGCUCCCAGCCCUCGAGAAGGCCGCGAUGACGGCAGAAGACUCGACAGCAGCAGCAGCGACAUCAUCAGCGGAGGGGGGCGCAGACCCGAGACCCGGCGGAGGCAAGACGGGGGCCCGCGUGAUCAACGUGUCCUCCGGGGGGAUGUACACGGUGUCCGGGGCGGGGAUCGCUGCAGACUUGGACAGCAAGAGGGUCGAUCCCUAUGACGGGACGGUCGUGUACGCGCUGGCUAAGCGAGCGCAGGUGACUCUGACGGAGCGGUGGGCAGCCCUGCACAAAGAUGGAGGCGUUUCUUUUAAUUCGAUGCACCCGGGGUGGUGCGACACUCCCGGGUUAGCCUCCGGGAUGCCGGACUUCCGCGAGCGGCAGCAGGGUUCGCUGAGGUCCAGCGAAGAGGGGAGCGACACCAUCGUCUGGCUGGCGUGUUCACGGGCGGCGUUCGGGGAAACGGGCAAGUUCUGGUUCGAUCGAAAGGCGACCCGGACCCACAUGCCAUUAGCGGGCACUCGGAUGUCUCAAAAGGAAGAGGACGAUCUGUGGGAAGCGGUCGAGAGGGCGUGCUCGGAACGCUAAUCUUUGUGGAGCAGCACUUACACGUUGCGGGAGAUACGUGCGGCCUGCGGAAGUGGGAGUGGGUAGCUUGACGUUUGGGGUCGUCAGGAUGGUCGUCGUCGUUGGGUGCCUGGCCGUCUCUCUGUCUAGCCUGCGGCAUCACAGAUAAGGCGCCAAAAUGAACAUUGGUCAAGCACAAUCGGGGGUGGGGGGUGUACUCAUAGUCGUGCAUGCCGUAGUCGUUAGACCAUUGACCUCGCAUCCCUACAAAGCCGGGACGGAGCACGCCGGGUUUUCACCGGACCAGGCACAAUCGGGGGUGGGGGGUGUACUCAUAGUCGUGCAUGCCGUAGUCGUUAGACCAUUGACCUCGCAUCCCUACAAAGCCGGGACGGAGCACGCCGGGUUUUCACCGGACCAGGCACAAUCGGGGGUGGGACGGAGAAAUCCUGCGUUCAUCUACCAGGGAGGGAGAGAAGGGGAGAAGGGCAUACCCCAAGUUCAAGCCCCAAGGGAUCGAUGAGAAUCAAUCAAUAGGUUUUUUGAAAUGGCUAUGACGUCCAUGGCGAUGAUACGUAUGGGCCCCGGGAAAUCAGUCUUGCGAGAGUGUGACUCCUGUCGAAGGAGCAAAGAGCGAGAAAUUUCUGAAGCAUUGAUAGGAUCGAUCGUCCGUCCCUUCAUACGUCGAGUUUGGCAUCCCGGGAGAGUCGGGGGCCCGCCCUCCGGUGCUACUGGUUGUUUAGCUCGUACGGGAUUCCGAAGAUAUGUCCUUGUUCCACUGCUUUCGAUGCCGUCACCUUAAAAAGGCUCGUUCGGUGUUUGUU